AUGACAAAAAUACACAGUAAUACUGCCACUACUACUACUACUACUACUACUACUACUACUACUACUACUACUACUACUACUACUACUACUACUACUACUACUACUACUACUACUACUACUACUACUACUACUACUACUACUACUACUACUACUACUACUACUACUACUACUACUACUACUACUACUACUACUACUACUACUACUACUACUACUACUACUACUACUACUACUACUACUACUACUACUACUACUACUACUACUACUACUACUACUACUACUACUACUACUACUACUACUACUACUACUACUACUACUACUACUACUACUACUACUACUACUACUACUACUACUACUACUACUACUACUACUACUACUACUACUACUACUACUACUACUACUACUACUACUACUACUACUACUACUACUACUACUACUACUACUACUACUACUACUACUACUACUACUACUACUACUACUACUACUACUACUACUACUACUACUACUACUACUACUACUACUACUACUACUACUACUACUACUACUACUACUACUACUACUACUACUACUACUACUACUACUACUACUACUACUACUACUACUACUACUACUACUACUACUACUACUACUACUACUACUACUACUACUACUACUACUACUACUACUACUACUACUACUACUACUACUACUACUACUACUACUACUACUACUACUACUACUACUACUACUACUACUACUACUACUACUACUACUACUACUACUACUACUACUACUACUACUACUACUACUACUACUACUACUACUACUACUACUACUACUACUACUACUACUACUACUACUACUACUACUACUACUACUACUACUACUACUACUACUACUACUACUACUACUACUACUACUACUACUACUACUACUACUACUACUACUACUACUACUACUACUACUACUACUACUACUACUACUACUACUACUACUACUACUACUACUACUACUACUACUACUACUACUACUACUACUACUACUACUACUACUACUACUACUACUACUACUACUACUACUACUACUACUACUACUACUACUACUACUACUACUACUACUACUACUACUACUACUACUACUACUACUACUACUACUACUACUACUACUACUACUACUACUACUACUACUACUACUACUACUACUACUACUACUACUACUACUACUACUACUACUACUACUACUACUACUACUACUACUACUACUACUACUACUACUACUACUACUACUACUACUACUACUACUACUACUACUACUACUACUACUACUACUACUACUACUACUACUACUACUACUACUACUACUACUACUACUACUACUACUACUACUACUACUACUACUACUACUACUACUACUACUACUACUACUACUACUACUACUACUACUACUACUACUACUACUACUACUACUACUACUACUACUACUACUACUACUACUACUACUACUACUACUACUACUACUACUACUACUACUACUACUACUACUACUACUACUACUACUACUACUACUACUACUACUACUACUACUACUACUACUACUACUACUACUACUACUACUACUACUACUACUACUACUACUACUACUACUACUACUACUACUACUACUACUACUACUACUACUACUACUACUACUACUACUACUACUACUACUACUACUACUACUACUACUACUACUACUACUACUACUACUACUAUACUACUACUACUACUACUACUACUACUACUACUACUACUACUACUACUACUACUACUACUACUACUACUACUACUACUACUACUACUACUACUACUACUACUACUACUACUACUACUACUACUACUACUACUACUACUACUACUACCUCUCUUCCUUUCUUUAUUUCUUCAGGUUUUAUUACAUUAUGAAUCAAUAAAUAAACCUUUUAAAACAUCAUAUCAAGGACAUUUGAAAGUGACAAGAUGUUUAUCUUUUAUUAGUGCAUUGACCAAUUGUAAUAGAUGUAUUUAG